CCACGGCUGAGCUGAGCAAAUGGAUUUUCAAGCCUGACCAGGGCACUGCAGGCUGCCGAGGGCCUGUCACAUUAGGACCCCAGCCCUCUGGAAUCGCCCCAGGGACUCCUGGAUCGUCUGUCCUGUGACCCUAAGCAGGUGCAGAGAGCCUAAACGCCACCGCCCCAGGGACUGCGUCAUGCCCUUGACCUGGGCAUAGCCAACCCCUGGCACCGAAUCCAUGGAGGCAGUGCCCCCAGCUGUGGAUCUGGUGUUGGGUGCUUCAGCCUGCUGUCUGGCUUGCAUCUUCACCAAUCCCCUGGAAGUGGUGAAGACGAGGCUACAGCUGCAGGGGGAGCUGCAGGCCCGGGGCACCUACCCAAGACCCUACCGGGGCUUGGUGGCUGCCGUGGCCGCAGUAGCCCAUGCAGAUGGCCUGCGGGGCCUGCAGAAAGGGCUGGUCGCUGGUCUCCUCUACCAGGGCCUCAUGAAUGGUGUCCGUUUCUACUGCUACAGCUUGGCUUGCCAGGCUGGCCUCACCCAGCAGCCAGGUGGCACCGUGGUCGCUGGGGCUCUGGCUGGGGCUCUGGGAGCCUUCGUGGGGAGCCCCGCUUACCUGGUGAAAACGCAGUUGCAGGCCCAAACGGUAGCUGCCAUGGCCGUAGGGCACCAGCACCAUCACCAGAGCGUCCUGGGUGCCCUGGAGACCAUCUGGCGGCAACAAGGCCUGCUGGGGCUGUGGCGGGGCGUGGGUGGGGCCGUGCCCCGUGUCAUGGUGGGCUCGGCCGCCCAGCUGGCCACCUUCACCUCUGCCAAGACCUGGGUACAAGAGCGACAGUGGCUCCCGGAGGACAGCUGGCUGGUGGCCCUGGCAGGGGGCAUGAUCAGCAGUGUGGCUGUGGUGGUCGUCAUGACCCCCUUUGACGUGGUCAGCACGCGGCUAUACAACCAGCCGGUGGACGGAGCUUGCAGGGGUCAGCUGUAUCGGGGCCUCACUGACUGCCUGCUGAAGAUCUGGCGGUUCGAGGGCCCCCUGGCACUCUACAAGGGACUGGGUCCUGCCUACUUGCGCCUGGGCCCCCACACCAUUCUCAGUAUGCUCUUCUGGGACGAGCUUCGCAAGGCUGUCCGGCAGGCUCAGCACCAGCAGGCUUAGGUGGCACCUCGCCCCCCGAGCAUGUGUUCCAAAGUGACUGCUUGGGCUGGCAGGACUGGCUGUCCUGGAGCUGGCCAUAGGCCCAGCACCCCCUCCUGUGCCCCACCCCCAGCAGCAGGCCCACCCAGGCCCAGGGUGUUCACUCCUAAUUAUCGCCUGCUCUGCCCUGGAUUGCCGC